AUGACAUCACAAAAAGUAUCAUAUUUAACACAACAACAAUCAAAAGACAUUGAUGAAGAACUCUUUAAUGAAUACAAAUUCAGUGUCGAUCAACUUAUGGAAUUAGCAGGAUUAAGUUGUGCAUCAGCGAUUGCAAAAGCAUACAAUGAUACAAAUAAAUAUUCUAAAUGUCUUGUUGUUGUUGGAGGUGGUAAUAACGGCGGUGACGGUCUUGUUUGUGCUCGUCAUUUGAAAUUAUUCGGUUAUGAUCCAUUAAUUGUUUAUCCAAAACGAACCGAUAAAGAAUUAUAUAAAAAUCUUGUUCGUCAAUGUGAAAAAAUGGAUAUUAAAGUUACAGAUAAAAUGCCAUCGGAACCAAAAAUUGAUUUAAUUAUCGAUGCUAUAUUUGGUUUUGGAUUUUCUGGUGAAAUUCGUGAACCAUUUGGUGGUAUUCUUAAAGAAUUGAAGCAAUUAGAAAAAACCACACCGAUUAUUUCUAUUGAUGUACCAAGCGGAUGGGAUGUUGAAAAAGGCGCAAUAAAUAAUGAUUGCAUACAACCUGAAUGUGUUAUAUCAUUAACAGCACCGAAAAUAUGUAUGCAAAAUUUUCAAGGAAAAUAUCAUUUUGUAGGCGGACGAUUUGUUCCUAAAGCUUUACAAACUAAAUAUAAAAUUACUCUUCCCGACUAUUCGGGUAGUGAACAAAUUAUGUCUCCUUUAUUAGUUCUUGAUCCACGACAACCAUUAUCGAUUGAUUCAUUUGAAUUUCUUUAUCAAGCUAUCGCCAGAGAUAUUAGUUCAGUUUAUGAACCAGUUCGAGAUGGUUUAGCACUUCUAGCUGGUUGUUAUAUACUUAAAAAAUUAAUACCUGUACCGUAUUAUUUCUAUAGGACAAUUAAACUUUAUUUUAUUCCGUAUAAAAUUAAUUCUGUUUUAUUAAAAACUCCAUUAACAACAAAUUCAAAAAAUAAUGAUUUAUCUCUACCGGAUCAUGAUGAACAUUGGGCAUUAAUUAAUGAUUGCACAACACCAAGUGGCUGUGCUUUUGCACAAAAUCUUGCUAAACGUGGUUACAAUCUUAUAUUGGUAUCAACAGAAGAAUUACAAGAAGAAUUAAAAUUACUUUCAACACAUAUUGAACGUACAUUUUUAAUUCGAACAGUAACAGUAAUUUAUCGAUGGAAUAGUCCACAACAACCACUUGAAUUAACAUCACCAUUAACAACAGUUGCUGGUACAUGGUCAAGUGCUACACCACCAACAGUUGGACAAAUACCAUUAGUAAGUAAAUUUCAUCGUGCUGGAUCAUUUGAUCGUCUUGAAACUAUUGAAACUAUUGCACGUAAUGCAAAUCUCGUUCUUUAUAUUAAUUGUACGCGACCAUUUAAUGAUCAAAAUUUAUCAAAAACACUCAAUCCAGCGGAAUUUCAAUCAAUUGUUAAUAAUUAUCUUAUACCACCGAUGCAAUUAGCAUAUAUUGUUCUUCCCUAUAUGUCAGUACGUCGUCGACCAGCAUAUAUUUUGAAUGUUGUUCCACAUCAAUCUUGUUUAAAUUCUACACUUCAUCGUUUAUUAACAAUUUAUUUUAAUGCACGUAAAAUCGAAUAUUCAAAUCGUGGUUUACUUCAUUUUCAAACAGUUUAUUUACCAAUUCGAUGGAUACGUUCAUCAACUGAUGUACGUACAGUUGAAAAUUUUCAAAAAUAUAUUUUAUCUAAACAUGGUUUAAAUGAAAAUAAUAAAUUAAUAUGGGGUUCAUGUAAACCACAAAUCUAUGUCGAUACAAUUCUUCGACAAUUAGGUCGAUGUGAUCAUAGUGCAGGUUAUUGGUUAAAUGCACUUCAUUUAACAUGUCUUUCAAUUUUACCAAAAUGUAUUUCUCAUAAACUUAUUGAUUAUUGGUUGAUUAUGAAAUAA